AUGCCAGCUAGUAAUGAAAGCAAGUAUAUAAAAGAAGUAUGGGCCGAGAAUCUAGAGGAGGAAAUGGCGGUUCUUCGUGAUCUAGUGGAACAGUACCCUUACCUUGCGAUGGAGUGGUGGCCAGACCGAUUGGCAACUUUCGGACAAGCUCAGAUUACCAUUACCAAACACUCAGAUGCAAUGUAG